AUGAGCCAAUACAACACUACCCUACUUAUUAGUAAAUCUAAGGUCGCACCUAUUAAAACGAUAAGCAUUCCCAGGCUAGAGUUAUGCGGAGCAGUCUUACUUACACGCCUCAUUGCAUUUAUCUUACGUACAUUAAAUCUUACCGAAGUACCAAUUUACUGUUGGUCCGACUCUAUGGUUACAUUGUCCUGGAUUAAGCGACACCCUUCUACGUGCAAGACCUUCGUGGCCAAUAGAGUCUCCGAAAUACAGACUAAUCUGUCUCAGGCGAGUUGGAGAUAUGUUGAUUCUAAAAAUAAUCCCGCGGAUAGUGCUUCCCGCGGCCUCACUGUCGCUGAGUUAAAAGACAAUUCUCUUUGGUGGUCAGGACCCUUUUGGCUACAGGAACAUUCAACCAAGUGGCCGGAGCAGCCACAUAUCCUAAUGACGGAUGAAGGUAUGGAACAGAGACCUUUGAUAUCCCACUUAGCGCAAUCGCACACGGUUGAAAGGGAUUUACCAUCAAAGUUUUCAUCCUGGCCGAAACUUCUACGAGUUACCGCGUAUUGCUUGAUAUUCUUAAAUAAUAUACGUAGUAAUCACCGCGACAGUGUUCCAAUCACUAUAGCAUUGGCCAUUAAACGAGCUAAAGAAUUCUGGAUAAGACACAUCCAGCGGAUAUACUUUAACUCUGAGCUUCAAACGAUCAAAGAAAAUCUUCCACUACCAAGGAUUAGCAAAUUAAAGCGAUUAAGUCCGUUUCUUGACUCCAAAGGAUUGUUACGGGUAGGCGGUCGACUAGAUCGUGCUCCACUCUCUUACGAUGAAAGAUAUCCGACAAUCUUACCUCGUCACCGUAUUUCCGAAUUGAUCAUUAAUCAAGCUCAUAGGCAGACAUUACACGGUGGAGCACAAUUGACAUUGCGAGUACUACGACAAAACUUUUGGAUUCUAAAUGCUCGAAACACAGUCAAAGGUUGCAUACACAAAUGUGUCAAAUGUGUACGCGAAAAGGCCGUGCCAGUUACGCAACUUAUGAGCGACCUACCAGAUGUUAGAGUCACACCCAGUCGUGCCUUUCAGCACACUGGGGCUGUACAUCUGGAGCUAGUCUGUGACUACUCCACAGCCGGCUUCUUAGCAGCCUUUCGCCGUUUUACAUCUCGUCGAGGAACUCCCACUUCAUUACUAAGCGACAAUGGCACGAAUUUUCAUGGAGCGGACCGCGAAUUAAACCGCUCCUUCAGAGCCUUGAUUAAAGACCCUAGUCUAACGAGCCAUCUUGCUAAUGAUAGUAUUGACUGGCGUUUCAUUCCGCCUUCCGCACCUUACUUCGGCGGCAUAUGGGAGGCUGGGGUGAAGUCGGUUAAAUAUCACUUAAAAAGAGUUAUCGGAAAACACUUGCUCUCUAUAGAGGAAUUCAAUACACUACUAACGCAAGUCGAAGCUUGCCUAAACUCAAGACCUAUUGUUCCCCUCACGGACGAUCCAAAUGAUGUUAAUCCCCUCACUCCAGGGCAUUUUUUGGUUAAUUGUCCUUUGGUGGCCGUACCUGAAGAAUCCCUCCAAGACCUAAAAGAAAGUCGUUUGGACCGCUGGCAGCGCGUGCAACGUCUACGCGAGCAAUUCUGGCACAUUUGGUCAAAGGACUACCUGCACACGUUACAGCAGCGCCACAAAUGGCAGCACAUACAAUCGAAUCUUAAAGAGAAUGAACUUGUCUUAGUCCGGAAUGAUUUAUUGCCUCCCUCAAAGUGGGAGCUGGGUCGGGUCAUUCGUACACAUCCAGAUGGUCGCGGACUCGUACGCGUAGUUGACAUCAAAACUAUGACUGGAGUGUAUGAACGACCUGUAACUAAACUCUGUCGACUACUAAAUGAUUCGAAUCCUUGA